AUGUGGUUGACCUCAUCGAAUUAUACUUGGUCACGCCCAGAAGCAAGCGGCGGUGAAGUCGGUCGGAUCUUCCGCAAUGAGGACCCUGAACAAGUUGCAGAUUGCAGAUUCUGGCGGAACGAAUUCGACGCGCACGCAACAGUGCCACGGCAGCACGUUCUAAAUCAUAAGCAGCGCCAAGAACAAACCAUUCGGGAGGGACAAAGAUCGCAGCCGCAAGAGCUCUGGAACAGUUGUGCGGCAGCACUUCCACUUGGCUUUCGCAGCUUCGAUCGGGACGGUAGUGACAUGCAGUGCUGUAGUGGGCAGCCGAAAAUUAAACCGAAGGGAAUAGUACCUACGGAGCGCGCAGAAGCAGAAAUUCAGCUGAAACGAAACGCCUGCUCCCAUCACGAUAAUAAACCUCUGGUCAUGUUGAACAGUACAUCUCGGCCACCAAUUCUUGCCGCCACCGCGGGCUGCAUCGAUCCGCUAGGAGGCGAAGGAGUCGGGGACGCCAUGACCUUGCGCGGCGGGCCACCGAGAAAUAGUCAUGGAACAGAAGGUAAUGCCGGCGCAGCUGAAACAGUAAUAGAAACGGACGCGAGCUGCAGCGAGCUUCGCACGAAAAUGAAAAAUAGCAUCGCUACGACAAGAAGAAACAACAGAAAAAAGAAACGCACCACGGAGCGUGAACGUGGAAGCGCUUCCGUACAGCAGGAGAAGAGCGGUGCUCGUGGUGUGGAUGGCGAGGACGUAUGGAACAUGCAGAAAACGACGACGACGACAUCCAGUGUUCCUGCUAGGACGGCAUCUACCCGGCGGAAUUCGGAUUGCGUGCAGGUUACCAAUUUGCCUCUCUACCCGACAGAGGAGUUGACAGAAGCCUUUCUGACCGUCUUUCCGCAGUUGUGUCAGGUGGUCAUGGCCCGCGGCUCCAACCGGAAGGCUAAGGUACUUGCCAGCCGCAAUGCUGGCAACUGCAGCUACGGACAGUCUUCAUCCUACUUUACACCGCACGCGGUUGGUGAUAAAGCCACAACUGUCUUGCGGCCGUCCCAGCAUGACUCCGUGCUCACGUCGAAUCAGGUUGAAAAACAAAGCGAAAGGCAAAGCGAGAACAUGAUCCAGAACUUUCGUGAGGACACCGAAAGAAAGAAGCUAGCUGUAGAAGUGCCAGGGAGAACAUACAGCGACAGAAGUGCUCGCACCAGUACAACAGCCAGCAUGUCCCCGGCUUCUAAUUGUGCGUCUUCUUCCUCCUGCCUCCCCACAUCACCAUUAAGCUGCAAUCCUAUUCCACAAAAGAAUGCGGCUGAUCGUAGGGCGUGUUUACAGCUGGUCUGGAUCCCUCGCAAAGCCAUCGGGUUCAUUCAGGACUGCACUUGUCCAAUGUGCACUGCCAAGUUGGUAGAGACAACGACAUGUGAUCCGCUCUUCACGCAGCGCCACAAAGAAGCCCUCGUGGCCCUGUCGGAGCAGGUCAAACUGUCCUUCACACAGGAAAGGUGGUUCCUUUUUCAAGACGAGUUUCUGGCGCAUCCGACGCCACAAAAACCGAUCGUGCCCGCAGGAAGAGCCACUCUCCCUCGUGGUCACGCACCGACGACGUUGAGCGGCGAAAGAAAAAAAAGAGACGAUGACGAGCAGGAGGACUAUCAUGGCAGAAAAAGAAAAAUAUCUCUGCCCCAGAGCAGGAGACCGACUGAGCAGGGGUUCAAUAAACAUCCAUCAGCGAAGAUGAACAUCUGGUGUCGUCCAGAUGAAAGUGAAACCAAUUUUGCUUCUGCCCCAAGUUCGACGGCGAUUCCGGAGGAUACCGAAGAUGGAUUUUCGUUGCAGAAGAACGGCGCGCAUGAUCAAGAUAUUGCACCAGCCGCUUGCCGCCAACAGAAGCAGACAGACACCGACCUGCCAGGAGGUCGGGAAGAUGAACUGCAGCAGAAAAUAUUUCCAUCGGAAGAUGAACCAGGUGCCGCUUUUCGGCGAAAAUUUCGCGAGCACGUGCGGUCGCUGUUUUGCCGUGCGAUCAUGUCACCAGGGCGCGGCACCUGCUUACGCGUUACAGGCUGGUGGGAGACGGCAACCGAGUUUGUAGUAACGCAGGUGGUGCAUCACAGUAGCAACUCUGGUGGUGGUGCACCAUCAUCAUCGCCUCUAGAAGAUCACCACUGCGCACACACAGGUCGAGCAGGCACGUUUUCCAAUCGUCAAAUUGUACAGCGCAGGAACCAGAACUCGGCAGCGAAGCAGAAAAAACAGCUUGUAACGAUCGCUCUCACGUCCAGCACCCUUCGUCAGCAGAGGUGGAAGGUAUCCUGUGGAAAAACGUCCCCGCCCCAUGGUCGUCAUGCAAGUCUGCAUGUCAACCGACCAAGCCAAUACCAACUCCACUUUCAAAGUGCGUCGUUUGCACAGCUCCAUGAGCGCCGUUUUUUUCUCGUCACGCUAUCUGGAACUCAAUUUCGCAUGCUGGAACUAGGAUGAACAGGCUCCGGCUGAUUCAUUUAAAAUACGGUUUUCCUACCGAAAACGCAAUGCAUCGCAGGCACAACCAAGUUAUUGCAUUUCAUUUGUGCCCUAGCAAUACUCCCAUCUUGACUUUUGCUCUAGUGCGUGGGUCCUGUUUUUCCAUAGGAUACAAGGUGAUGCACGGCCACGGAGUGGAGGAGGCCGGGCUGAGUGCGGUGCUGGUGGAAACCGUGCGGCACAGCCGCAUCUAUCCUGAGCAAAAACGUCGCCACCCCAGAGUUUCCAUGUAGAUUUGCAAUUACAGGAAGACUUGUAAAUGCGCACUAAAGAAGUGUCAAUGCGCACUACAGGAGGAAGACUUGUAAUCCGCUACAUGUUGAUGUUGAAGAUGACGAUGAUGAAAUGCGCAUUCGUUCCCUUGCGAGGCAUAUUCAGUCGCGUUCUGAAAUUUGUAAAAAUGCUGUACACUCACAGGAUAAGGGGCAGCUGGCUUUGUGAUGCGGCGGUCCUUGCUAACCGGCACAACUGAUUAGAGAAAAAAUUGUCAGCGCGCUUGACUCGCGAAAUAAACUUCUGCAUUUGUGUUGCAGAGUUCCCAGCUUUGGGGACGUUUUUUCUGAGGAUAGCAUCCGCUGGCAGUUCAGCCGACGUGCUGGGCCUCUUUCCAGCAUGGACGCGCUGCUGAACUCCCACGCGCUGGACCACAAAUGCUUCUUCCCGGAGGAGACGACGCAACUUCUCGCGUCGUCUGCCGACGGUUGUUUGCGUGUACACCACCGUGACGACGAAGAGAUGAUCUCUCUCGAUGAAGAGCACAAUUCUGAACACCACGGUAACGGUGGCGACUCUGCUCCCAGUACCACCGGGGAUGAGGACGCGAGCGAAGACGUGUCGUCUCCCUGUGGCGACGAGAAACAUCAAUCGUUUUUUUUUGCAGAAGACGCCGCAAAGGACGGAGCAGGGCGCACUGCAGCGAAGACGAGCGCAAACGAACAAGUUCCCUGCGGAGCCCGAGCCCCUCCUGCGCCCGCAGCGUUUCCACGUCCAACAACUUCGAAGUGUGACCCGAGUCAACGAGGGGACGAAAACAAGAGGUCCAGUAGCCGCGGCAACGCUGUGGAUUUUGAAGACGAAGCCAACAAUUCUCUGCAGCAUGUGCUGCAGCCGUCGUCGCCACCGCACGUUGAGGACCUACAGAUAUCACAUCCUCCCUGGGGCUGUACUAGAAGAGAGGACAAUUUUCGGCCUGAUGCAGGCUCGUGGCCCAUAAGUCAGAACGUCGACAUUACCUUCCGCCAUGCUAUUGCGUCAGAAACAAAAGAGGUACAACAACUACAUCACGGCCGACCAACUCAGCCAGGUGGACGAGGUGAUUUAAAUUUCGAAAAUUAUUCUCCACCUCGCAGCGAGAACCACGACGCGGGAAGAACUAGAGGAAUCAGGGGCAGCACAGCAAGCACAAAAAGUGAGAAAGAAAAUACACAACAAGUAAAUUAUCGUCAAAGCGCCGCAGGAGAGGAUCUUGACCAGGACCACACGGGCUUCAAUAUCGCGGAACAAGUGGCUGCAAGUUCUACGGUUGGAGGUGCAUACGACGUCGACCAGAACAACGGUUGGACCAUGGAAAGCAGGAGUAAAACCGGUUGUUGCAACAAUAAGUUUCGGAGUCGGUCUACGAGCUGCGUGUCGGUGCGGUACAAGAUGAAGCGGGCCCUGUUUACCAGUUCUCCCCUGAGCAUGGGCGUCCUUCCGACCACGGUUGCCUACGAGGCUUGCUGGGACCGCGCGCACGCCAUCUGGCUGCACCACAUGAUGCAACUGUGUCGCACGGUCCGGGGCCUUACUUGGGUGGACCUGUUCGGAAAGUUCGCCCGACACUUGUAUCCUGAGUGGAAAAAGCGGACCACCGCGGCUCUGCCCGCGGCUGUUAUCGAACGGCAGGAGGCAGCACGACGGGAAAUUUUGCGCGCGCAGCGGCCGACGGACGGACAUCAGGAAAAGACCAAGGUGCCGCUCACACUGAUGUGGAGUAGCUUUUCGGGUGCAGAGGCAAAGCAGCACCGGACGCGCGUCGUCGACGCCGGGGCGUGGCUGUCGCAGCAGAAGCUGCAGCACAUGCUAAAAUACGAGCUCUCGAGGCUCUGGGUUCUGCGCAUGGCCUUCCAAAGUUCGCCGGACCGAACCUUUGGAAUCCCGGUGCUGAAGCUCGGGAACACCCUGGCGGACUACCAGAGCUACCUGCGGAGCACCGUUCUUCCCAUGGCCAAGAAGGCCCUCGAACGGGCCGGGCUGAGCACCGCUAACGUCGUGCAGGACGCGGAAGACUAUCGUUUUCCACCCGAAUUGCUGGAACACGAGGAGGACAAGUUUUAUUUUGCUGCUGCUCGAAAAGCUUCGUCGACCACCGCCACCGGUUCAGCCUCAGCAGCUGGCUUGUCAUCCCGUUCUUGCGCAGAUGAUGGCCGCGCGGAGAGGAAAGUAGACCUACUCCAGGAACAGAGGCUGAAGGGCGGACACUGGAUUUUUGAUGUUCCUUUCAUCGUCAUGCCAGUUUUCGCGGACAUUGAGCGAUAUCCCCUCGAAAAAUACAGAGACGCUUCUUGAUUUUUGGCAGCGCUGGAAAUGACAUGAUCGACAAGCAUGAUUGAUAUAGAUAUGCCAGUAGUUGUCGUAUUUCUAUUUUUCUGCUCUGAGUCUGAUGCUUUUCAGGAUCCUCAUGACGAGGAGAUGGCGGGUAGUAGAGUACCUGCUGUCAACGAAGAGAGCACUUUAUGGCAUUGGCGCAGCAUAAGAUCAAGAGCAGGUUUUUUCCCCCGGAUCCAGUUCCCCUAGCGUAUGCUCAAGCGCCGGGAUACGGUUCGGAGCCAUGGACGUGCUACCCAACGGAGAUCGAAUCCAUCCAGCCCAUAGAAACUCAAGACCAGCUCGUCCGCAUUAUUGCAAAUGUGCCGUGUCUCAGGCUGGAUUACCGAGCGGAAUCGAUCUUCAGACCGGACGAGGACCACGAAUAGGCUACGCUUGCGGCUUCAUAUUCAUGCUAUAGAAACUUGGUACGCCGCCUCCGCGGAGGACGUUGUUUUUCAGGUCGUGAUGCACCGAGCCCCGCUCGAACUAAUCAUCAUCAUCACCGAUCUAGAAGGAUUUGAUGACGUGCCGUAAAGGCAGCUGUGCUAUGGUGUGAAAUGCAAGAAAUAUCCAUCUUAUUUCUGAGUGUGGUGAAAAUUGAAAUGUUCUCCGUAGAAAGAUCUUGCACUGAAAUUCAAAUACGAAAAUGUUUUAGUGUCUUAGAGAUGUGCAACAAGAUCCCGCCGAGCCCGAAACUGUGGUAGGGGCCCGGUGAAACGAGAAACCCCGCCGCGAGGACGAUCCUUGAUGUCAUUGUAAAUGCGAAACGGAAAGCGAAAAAAUCAAACACCUACGUACGGCUAUGAUUCCGACACGAGCGCCCAUAAUGUGUUUGCUUUAACCAU